UUGUGAUCAGGAGUGACACAGGUACAACGUAGCCGCCGCCGACGUUAUUCAUUCAACUGGCAUUUCAACCUAUCGCAAGCGAAGAUUGUGUACGUAAUAACGUGAAAGAACCACGGAAAUGUCUGUUAACAUAGGUCUUUCUGGUUUGGAAAUGGAACGUGGUACGGAAAGCAUUCAUGCGUGUUUUCCGGCCGAAAUGGAAGGUGACAACUGCUCUCCUCGUGACGAAGUCCGAGAGAGCAGAAAACAGGCCCGAGACUCGUCCAUCAGCGGCUGCUUCGGGUGGGUCCGAAAGUGGAUAUGCAUUAAAAAUGACUUGGAUAGUGAUGAAGAUUUUUAUGAGAGGAAAUGCCCAGACAACACGGGAGAGUGCACAGAAGACUCCCGAGACUCGUCCACCGGCGGGUGCUUCGAGUGCAUCCGAAAAUGGGUAUGUGAGAAGUUUCCCAGGAGCCUCGUAAAAGAACAAGAGACCCUGACAGCACAGCGCCCUGUGACGCCUGUGGCGGUGACAGCAGAGCGACCUGUGACGGCAACAGAACAGCGCCCUGAGACGCCUGUAACGGCGACAGAACAGCUACCUGUGACGGUGACAGCCCAGCGCCCUGUGACAGCAACAGAACAGGGCCCUGUGACGCCUGUGGCGGUGACAGCACAGCGCCCUGUGACGCCUGUGGCGGUGACAGCACAGCCACCUGUGACGGCAAUAGAACAGCGCCCUGUGACGCCUGUAACGGCGACAGAACAGCUACCUGUGACGGUGACAGCCCAGCGCCCUGUGACGCCUGUGGCGGUGACAGCACAGCGACCUAUGACGGCAACAGAACAGCGCCCUGUGACGCCUGUAACGGCGACAGAACAGCUACCUGUGACGGUAACAGAACAGCGACGCGGCGAGUGGAACUGCGUUAGGGACAGGAACGAAGGCAGCCACACAGCGACAUGUAGCACGGGCGACCAUGCAGACUACACUCUGCACGAGGGAGAGGCGCAGUGCUCAAUGCUGAACCGUGAGGACGCUGUGGAACCGGACAUGAUGAGUGCAGCGGAAACUCAGGGGGGAGCAGAAAACUCAGUGUCUGAAGGAGACGAAAACGGACAGACACUGAGUUUACCGGCUCCUGAACUGAAAGAAAUGGAUCCGCAAGCAACAGAAGAACGGCCCGUGAACGCAAGUGCAGAGCAGGUACAAACGGAACUGGGAGUACCAAAGACUGACAAACAAAUGAAGAAACUUGAAAAGGAAAACAGGAGACUAAGGAAGAUCCUUAAAAACCUGACAGAAGAGCGAGGAGAACAACUUGAUGAGGAAUUCGAGCCUCCCAGCAUGCAAGACGCUCUCUGUCAGAAGAAUUACAUGAGGAAGGUAAAGAAACAAAGCAAGAAAAUGGAGGAUCGCAUUACCAGUCUAAGAGCUCUUUCAGGCGCUUCGAAAGACCCUAACAGCACAGCGACCUGCGACGGAAACAGCACAGCCACCGGCGAGAGCGACAGCCCAGCGACUUGCGACGGAGACAGCACAGUCACCGGCAAGUGCGACAGGCUAGCCACCGGCGAGGGCGACAGCACAGCGACUUGCGACGGAGACAGCACAGCCACCGGCGAGGGCGACAGCCCAGCGACUUGCGACGGAGACAGCACAGUCACCGGCAAGUGCGACAGGCUAGCCACCGGCGAGGGCGACAGCACAGCGACUUGUGACGGAGACAGCACAGCCACCGACUAGUGCGACAGGCUAGCCGCCGGCAAGGGCGACAGCACAGCGACUUGCGACGGAGACAGCACAGCCACCGGCAAGUGCGACAGGCUAGCCGCCGGUAAGGGCGACAGCAACAGCGACUUGCGACGGAGACAGCACAGCCACCGACUAGUGCGACAGGCUAGCCGCCGGCAAGGGCGACAGCACAGCUACUUGCGACGGAGACAGCACAGUCACCGGCAAGUGCGACAGGCUAGCCACCGGCAAGUGCGACAGGCUAGCCGCCGGUAAGGGCGACAGCACAGCGACUUGCGACGGAGAGAGCACAGCCACCGGCAAGUGCGACAGGCUAGCCGCCGGCAAGGGCGACGGCCCAGCGACUUGCGACGGAAACAGCACAGCCACUGGCGAGGGCGACAGCCCAGCGAGAGCACAGCCGAUUGUACAAGAUUAAAAUAUCGUUCUUAUUGUAUCCAUUAUUUAUCACUACUAUAUUUAUUAUGGCGUUCAAUUAUUUCUUUUUACUAUUUUCAUUAAGGAGCAGUGUAAGGAGUCUGUGUAUUCAGUAUUUAAAUGCCGCUAAUUGUAAAGGCAUCAUAUAUAGUAUUUGUAGUAGCAAAUCACACAUAAUUUUGACAAAUGACACUAAUUUAUAUAAAUAUGUUUACUACUAUUAUUA